UCGUGGUUUUGCCUCUGAAUUUCUUCUUUUUGCGCGGCGAUCUGCUUAAAACAAUCGAAGUGCCAUUCUUUCCUUCCUUCCCUCCCCGAUAUCUCGCUGGUUUCGUUGAGCGAUCCUGAUUCUAGCCAUCUCCAUCUGGCUCUCUCUUCCUCAUCGUCCGCUUUCUCUUUCGCAUCUUCCCCCCCCACGCCGACGCGCCACCUUCCUCUCCACCUUCUCUGCAACCCCAUCUCAUCGAUUGCUUCAUCGUGUUUUUUUCUAGGUGCUUGGCUCUUAAAUCUGAUCCCCGCACUUUGGAUUUUGCGUUCUAUCAUUGCGAGGAUCGGCCUCUCCCCGGAAUCCCUUCUCAGCUCAGGGUCGAGAUUUCUGGGCCCUUGUUCACCUGAAUAGCUCCUGUAUUAACUGCUACGAGCAAAAUUAUCCGCUUCGCUUGCUCGAGAGUGGUUUCUCGUGGCGGCUCAUCGGCUGAAUCGGAUAUUGCCGGAGAUUCGUCCUAUUCUGGGAAAUUUUAAGAUCCUGGGUGGCGAUUCGGGUCGGUGGUAAUGUAGCUUAUGGAUGAAACUUGUGGGUAGUUUGAGGAUUAACUUGCCAAAGAAAGACGCAUUUCCUCUUUUGUGGUUGAGUUGGAAAUUGGGUUCGAUUUUGGAAAAGCCAUGACGAUAUCCUCGCCCAAGGGUUCAUCCGCAAUUACUCCAUUCCCAAGGUCGCUUUCGGUAAUUACGAUCGCCAUCGGAGGACUUGCCACGUUCUUGAUGGUCGCCUCUCUGCUUCUUGUUUCUCAUCCCAUCGGCUCCAAGGUUCGCGGGUAUUUUUAUGGCAUCGACAGCUCGAGCAAGGUAGAUUUUGCGGUUUUCCCUUAUAAUGACAGUAGAGUUGCCCGCUCCGUUGAUAAAAGCGAGGAUGUAGUUAGUGAGGUUCCUUCGUCGAAGCCUUUUUCUGAAGUACACACGAGUUCAAAUGAUUCUUCAACCUCGGUGGCAAAUAAGGAAUUGGAAUAUCAAGUGAACCCCGUCCCACCCAUCUCGUCUGGAUUACCUUCGGGAGAGGAGGACGAUUCCAGUUCUAAAAAUGAUAAGCUCAUAGAGAACACUGAAAUUGCUAACCCGGUCUUGUCAGAUGCGCCUGAUGUUUCUGCUUAUUCAGCCUCAGGAACUACACCGGCAUCAACAUCUGCUAAAACUUCAGUUGAGAUUGGUUGUGAUCUGUACCAUGGGAGUUGGUUUUAUGAUUCACUCGGACCAUCAUACACAAACAAUACCUGCCCAGUUUUGACACAGAUGCAGAACUGCCAGGGGAACGGAAGGCCUGAUAAGGAAUACGAGAAUUGGCGGUGGAAACCUUCUCAGUGUGAUCUCCCACGAUUUGAUGCCAAAAAGUUUUUGGAGUUGAUGAGAGGAAAGACGCUAGCUUUCAUUGGCGAUUCUGUCGCACGUAACCAGAUGGAAUCCAUGUUAUGCAUCCUUUGGCAGGUUGAAGUACCCAAAAACCGGGGAAACCGAAGAAUGCAAAGAUGGUUUUUUAGGUCAACAUCUGUCAUGAUUGUUCGCAUGUGGUCCUCAUGGCUUGUGCAUCAAAGCUCCGAAGCAAUUGAUUUUGCUCCAGAGGGCGUGGUAAAGCUUCACCUCGAUGUCCCCGACCAAGUUAUAAUGGAAUUUCUUCCCAAGUUUGAUGUGGUCGUUCUUUCCUCUGGCCACUGGUUUGCCAAGCAAUCAGUCUAUGUCUUGGACAAAAAAAUUGUUGGUGGACAAUUAUGGUGGCCAGACAAAUCUCGACAUAUGAAGGUCAAUAAUAUUGAAGCGUUUGGAAUAUCUGUCGAAACGAUCAUCUCUGCUAUUGUCACGCAUCCAAAUUACACUGGGGUAACCAUUCUCCGUUCCUAUUCACCUGAUCAUUAUGAGGGUGGAGCUUGGAAUACGGGGGGGUCUUGCACUGGGAAGGUGCAGCCCUUAGCAGCUGGGGAGUUAGUGGAAAAUGGUUUUACGAAUAUAAUGCAUGAGAAACAAGUGACAGGCUUUUAUCGUGCGAUGAAGAAGGCGACCAACAAGUCAAAGAUGAGGUUGAUGGAUAUCACUGAGGCUUUUGGAUAUCGUCAUGACGGGCAUCCUGGCCCGUACAGAAGCCCUGACCCAAACAAGAUCACAAAACGUGGUCCGGAUGGAAGGCCUCCACCACAGGAUUGCUUACACUGGUGCAUGCCUGGCCCAGUUGAUGCCUGGAAUGAACUUGUACUUGAGAUUAUUAGGAGAGAGCUUGAUGGCGACUGAACCUUCUACACCAAAAACGUGGCAUUCUUGUAUCUUUAUAGUUUGAAUUAUUAUGCCAGGAAAAUUUAAUUUAUGUAGGGGCCAGAGUUAGCUCGGUUCUUCUUCUUCUUCUUAAAACACACACUAGGGAAGAAAAUGUACUCCCCAAAGCAUUUUUUGUCAUAGUGAAAUACUGUAAUUUAUUUGUUUGUCUCUGUUGUCAGUUUAGACAGAUUAGUUAGUGAUGAAAAAUCUUCUGGACUAGUAUUCUUUCCUGAU